AUGCCUCGGUUCCAACUAGAAGUGGCUGCUGCGUUGGUGGCCAGUGCUCUACCAAGUUUGGUCGCGUUCUAUAUUCUACGACCAAGGCAGGGCAAAAUUCAAUUGCCUAUUCACUCCGAAGGAAAUGGGGUUGAAGCUCACGAACACGAUCCGUUCGACGUAUUGACGCGGGAGGAUGUAGUUGAAGGCGAACCAAUAGACGAGGCGGCAUUCUGGGCGAGGAUGCGCCUCAUUAAGUUGGUUAUUAGCUGUCUCUUUGCGACUAUUAUAGUCCUGGAGGCCAUUUCCUUGGGGUACUACGCAGUGCUUGAAGUCAAGGAUCAGAUUCCUAUCUACAUCCUUCACCUCUUCUUCGCCCUUUACCUCCUCGCCCUCUCUGUGCGCGCAGUGAAGCAGAACGAUAUCAGCUAUCAUUGUGAAUCGAUCCUCCACUUAUCUACAUUGACGGCACUGGCGAACGGCUUACUAUGGACCACCACAAUCCUUCCCGCUACUCCUCCUCCGGUUGCGGAGGCUUUCGCGGAAACGGAGCCAGUCUUAGAGGGCUUGUGGUACAGCAUUUUGACGCUGUAUCUCGUCGCCUGUGUUGUAUGCUUCACCACUCCCCAAGGACCAACGUUCUAUUAUCCACCAGAGAGAAUUUACUCUGAAAAGGUUGUUGCAAAUAUAACCAACGACGACCGUGAAAACGUUUGUGGAAUCAUUGGUGCUUCAUCAUGGGAUACCCUCUUAUUCUCGUAUACCACAAAAGUCGUCAUGUUGGGCAACGUCGCGGAAAGCCUAGAUAUCGGGGAUCUACCAAUAGUUCCCUCGAACAUGCGAGCCACGGUUAACUACACCAGUAUGAAAAACGCCUUGCGCAAUAUCAAAACUCGGUUUCGCCUAUGGAAGCCCAAGCCUGGUUCAGGAUGGUCAUUGUUAUACCGUCUCUGCCGUAUCAACGCAGGACCUAUCAUAAUGGAGAUUAGUCUCGCCGUCGUUGCCGCGGUUCUUUUCUAUGCCCCAGCCAUCUUUUUGCGUCAAUUCAUUCAGUAUCUCGAGCUGGAUCCAUUGAGAGAAGACAAGGGGUGGGGUUGGGUUUAUGUGGUCGGUCUAUUCUCCUCAAAUGCAAUCGCCUACCUCGUUACCGGACAGUUGUGGUCACUAGCGACAACAAUUGUCCAAUGCCGACUCCGCCUUCAACUCAACAGUGUCCUCUUCGCAAAGACGCUUAUUCGGAAGGAUGUUGCCUCGUCGGCCGCCACGGAACCAGGGAAGGCAGAUGCCACCGAAACGCCCCCCAAAGAAAAGGAGGACAAGAAAGACGAAGACGAUUUCUCCAGCAAAGCCCAAAUCAUGACGCUCAUGACUACCGACGUAGACAGAGUCAGCGACUUCGCCUGGCACAUGUUCUCUCUUGUAGAUGCUCCCAUCGAAAUUAUCAUCGGCACCAUCUUCUUGUAUAAAUUACUCGGUGAAUCCUCGUUCUAUGGGUUGGCAGUUACCUGCCUGUUCCUGCCCUUGAAUCACUUCGCCGGAAAAAUUGUGGUCGGGGCACAGGACAACCUAAUGAAGGCUCGUGACGAGCGAGUCUCUCUUAUGAACGAGAUUCUAGGAGGUAUAAGGAUGCUCAAGUUCAUGGCAUGGGAGCGUAGCUUCGAAGCUAGAGUCCUGAAAAUACGGGAGAAGGAACUCAAAUACCAAAAACUCAACUACACCAUUGAGACACUCUGGAACGCUAUCUGGAAUGGAUCGCCUAUCUUGGUCACUCUCGUAUCUUUCUGGCAUUUCGCCGUAUAUCGUCAACAGAUUUUGACGCCGUCUAUUGCUUUCACAUCGGUAAGAGUACUGAACUACCUUUCACUAGUAUUCACGGAGAUGCGGUUCGCUCUGAAUGCACUACCAGAAACCUUCAUCAACUUGCUACAGACAUUCGUGUCCCUCCGUCGCAUAGAGAAAUAUCUAGGUGGAUCGGAAGUGAAGCUAGUCCCACCAUUAGAACACCAGUCAAAGACGAUCGCAUUCCAGUCUGCUACAGUAACAUGGCCUCAAGAACGUGGCCAAGCGAGUCUUGCUCCUUCGGCAGCCCCGACCCCCCGCCACAAGUUCCUACUGGUCGACCUUAGUCUACAAUUCCCGCCUAAUGAAUUGACGCUGGUGUGCGGCAAGCUUGGAUCGGGAAAGACCCUCUUGCUUCUCGGCCUGUUGGGAGAAGCAGAUAUACUAACGGGUCAAGUACUUUGCCCUCGUUCUCCACCAGACUCAUUAGCUUCCUAUGCUGGCAAGUCGAUACCAAAGGAGGACUGGGUCGUGGAGGGCGUUUGUGCCUAUGUCCCUCAGGCUGCAUGGCUUCGCAACGCUUCCAUCAAAGGCAAGAUUCCUGUCGCGAAUAAUAUCUUAUUCAAUCUACCGUAUGACGAAGAACGCUACCAAAAGACCUUAGAGGUCUGCGCUUUGAUAAGUGACUUACAAAUUCUUGAAGAUGGGGACGAAUCUGAAAUCGGGGAGCGCGGGGUGAAUCUCUCAGGCGGUCAGAAGGCACGAGUAUCUCUUGCGAGAGCAGUUUACUCCCGAGCAUCAAUCUUACUCUUGGACGAUGUCCUUUCUGCAGUUGAUGCGCACACGGCUCAUCAUCUAUAUAACGAGUGCAUCACUGGUCCCCUGAUGCGUGGCCGAACCGUCAUCCUGGUCUCCCAUCACGUUCAGCUAUGCACCCCGGGCGCCGGCUAUAUCGUUGCCCUUGAGAAUGGCCGGAUUCAAUAUCAGGGCGACCGUAAAGGUUUCCAAGCCUCAAGUGUGAUGCAAACCCUCGUUCAGUCAACUUCCGAAUCAACUGAUGAAAAAGAAGAGGCUGCCAUCGAAGAUUUGAAACCUUCAUCCAGCCAAACCCCAUCUGAGACUCAGUCAACUACUGAUACCACUGUAACAGCCGUUGCCACCCCGAGUUCGGACAAAAAAGCACCAAGAAAACUAGUUGAAGAGGAGAAGCGAGCGGUUGGACGUAUUAGCCGCGAUGUCUGGUCAACUUAUAUCCAUGCCUGCGGGCGUUGGCCAUUCUGGGUAGCCUUCCUACUUAUCUUGCUUCUCGCUGCCUUGAGCCCCGUGCUCGAAAACGGCUGGCUAAGGCAAGUACAGAAUCUCCGUGCGCACGUUAUCGCUGACCGUCCCCGCAGACACUGGUCUGGAUCUGACCAAGUCGGCGAAGGAUCGCGGAGCCCUCUCUUCUACAUCACUGUCUAUGCUGUGGUGUGUUUCCAUCCCCGAGGCCAUGCUAAUUGUGCUAAUUAUGUCUAUUUACAAGGGAUCGUCAUCGGAACUGUCCGUUGGUUCGUGCUCUAUCGCGGCUCUAUCAACGCAUCAAUCGUCCUGUACCAACGCCUACUGGAAGCGGUUUUAUUUGCUAACAUCAGAUUCCAUGACACUGUCUCGAGAGGUCGACUUCUCAACAGAUUUGGGAAAGAUUUUGAAGGUAUCGACAGUAGCUUGGCAGAUAACUUCGGUCGUAGUAUCAUCAAUGGCAUGUCCGUCGCAAUCACCGUCAUCACCGUCAGCGCCGUGGGCGGGUUGCCUUUCAUUAUAGCUGUGAUGAUAAUUGGGACAAUCUAUUUCAAUGUCGCUAAGGUCUAUGGGCAAACGUCGCGAGACAUGCGUCGCCUUGAUUCUGUCACUCGAUCUCCUCUCUACUCCAUUUAUGGUGAAACUAUCUCUGGGGUUACCAUCAUUCGAGCCUUCGGUGCCUCGUCCAAAUUCCUGCGCGACAUGUUGCGUUUUGCAGACACGAAUGCUAACCCAUACUACUGGAUGUGGGGAGUGAAUCGUUGGCUGUCCGCGCGAUUCAACUUGCUCUCCAGCGCGAUCGUUGGAGUAACUGCCUUGGUGGCAUUGAUAACUCCGAGGAUCGAUGCCUCGCUUGCUGGCUUCGCACUCGCUUUUGCUUCGUCUAUCUCUGGUGAUUUGUUGUUCCUGGUUCGCAGGUUUGUGGCGCUAGAGCAAUCGAUGGUUGCACUUGAACGCGUCAAAGAAUACACUGACCUUCGCCGGGAGCCGCCCGAGUUCAUCGAACCUCGACCCCCAUCAGAAUGGCCCCAGAAAGGUGGUAUUAAAUGCGAAGGACUUGUAAUCAGAUACGCUCCUGAAUUGCCCAAUGUUUUGCACAACCUCAACUUCGAGGUCUAUCCUGGGGAAAAGAUCGGUAUCCUAGGCAGGACUGGGUCAGGCAAGAGUACGCUUGCCCUUUCGUUUUUCCGGUUUGUCGAGGCAACGGAGGGUAGAAUCCUCGUGGACGAUAUUGACAUUGCCAAAGUCGGCUUGACCGACCUCCGGAGCAAGUUGACAAUCAUUCCCCAGGAUCCAACUAUCCUGAGUGGAACACUGCGAACCACCCUUGAUGUCUUCGGCGAAUACGAAGAUGCUGAAAUUUAUGAGGCAUUACGCCGCGUGCAUUUGAUACCCUCUGAAGAUACACCAGAAGAGGCUGCAGACACGGUCAAUGCCAAUGUAUUUCGGAACCUUGACUCCCCCGUAUCAGAAGGAGGGGAGAAUUUUUCCACAGGGGAGAAACAACUUCUCUGCAUGGCCCGAGCAAUUCUAAAGCGGUCUAAGGUAUUGGUGAUGGAUGAGAAAGAUUCAUGUUCUCAUACUUCGAAUUCCAGCGUUGACUACGCCACAGAUGAACUCAUUGGAAAAACUAUUAGGCACGAGUUUGCUGAGGGCACUAUCCUUACCAUUGCCCAUCGGCUUCGAACGGUGAUUGAUUAUGAUAGGGUCAUGCUACUGGACGCAGGUCGCAUUGCGGAGUUCGACAAACCUGCCGUGUUGCUCAAUGACCCGUCCUCGAAGUUCUAUUCCCUAUGUAAAGCCACAGGGAAGGAUGAAUUCCAAGUGCUCAGGAGGUUGGCGGGAGCGAAUUGA